UAUUAUCCUUGUUAUAUUAUUUAUAAAUUAUAUUUUCAACAUUAAUGUAAGACUUCAGUGGGUUCAGUCGUACAUGUCAGUUUUUGGUUACAAUGUAUAAAAGAUAUAAUUGUAUUUAUUACGAAAAUGAAGUGCAACGACUAAAAGAAGAAAGACAACAUGGAGUGUUACUUCCAACUUAUUCUGUUUAUUUAUUGGCAUUCACCAUUGUAAUAUUAUUUGUGUUAGUAAUUGUAAUUUCAUAUUUAUUGUACAAGAAAAGUAAUGUCAGAUACAAUAUAAUGAAAGAACCUGAAAGUUCUAAGGAUACAAGAAAUUAUACUACACAGACAUCGAAUGACUCAACAAACUACAAUCACCUAUUGCAAACACAAAAUAACAAUAAUCAAAGCAUACAUCUUAAAGAACUGACAAAUAGUUCCGAGAAUCAGGAGACGGAAUUACCAAAAAAUUUUAGAGAGACAUACUCAAAGAUUUCCAAACAAUUAAAAAUCCACCCAAUGGCACCGCCUAAACAGAACAUGAUUUUGAAAGAACAACUUUUAAAAAUUUGCGAGAAUGAACUGACGAAGUCACAAAAUAAUGGGAAUACAACAAGUUUAAAAGAUUUACAUAUGCUACUAAACGAGAAUAAUACUACGAGAGGCAAUGAUGAAGAGAAAUCUGCAUCUACACCACAGUUGGAUGAGUACUACGAUGUAUUACCAAAUAUACGGCCUGUUACUGCCAUGCGUUCAAGCACUGCUCUAGAUAUACCGGUCUACGACUGCCUACCAAAUCAUUCUCAAAAUUUAAUAAUAACUGAUGAAGAUACUAAUUAUACAUACCUAAUGGAGAAACAAAACACAGAAAUAAGGGAAAGCUCGCCGGAACCUGAUUAUAUAAAUGCCAGUUUUAAAUUUCAAAAAUGUAAUAAAUAGUCUUAAUACAAAUUUUAGGGCAUAAUUAUUAUGUUCGAAAUUAUAAUUAAUGAGAAAUUUGCAAAUUAUCUAUACCUAACAUUUAGAUAAUAAAAUAUUCAAGCAAUUCUGAUUAUACUAAUCAUGUAUCCGGUAAAAGAUUUAUAAUGUCACUUGGAAUAAAAAUAAUCCUAUUAAAAACAUAAAUACGAAAUGAGAGCCAAGUUUAAUAUUAGGAAUACACAUUGUUUCUAUUCCGCCGAAAAAAGAAUUGCCAAGUUCUGUGUACAAAGUUGGUACUACUACCACAUUUGCUACUUAAUAGGUAUUAUAAAUUCUUAAAUAUUAAGAGACAAUUAUUUAUACAAUGCAUGUUACAAUUGUGCUGUAUAUAACUGAAGCUCAAGCUUAUUAUUAGAAAAGCAACUUAGGUAUUAUGUUAUGACUAUAAUAUAAACAAGACGUAUACUAACUUAGGAAUAAUUUUAUGGAAAUAAGUUGAUUAAACAAAAAAAACAAAACCUGUACAUAAAAAAUAGCCAAGCCAAAUAUUGGGCUUGAAUUACAUCCCAAGUGAAAUAAAUGCAUUGGGUAAAUACUUGGCUGUAUACGCUACCGCGACUAGAUUUACUACAUAUAUUCAAUUUUAAUGUAAGUUGACAAUACUUAAUAUAGAAGGAAAUGUAUAUUGAAAUUAAGUAUUAUUUAUUCUAUUGCAUUAUAUUAGAAACUGAAUUUAUCAUUUUAAAUAAUGAAAGCUUCUCUUAGUCAUUAAUAGUUGUACGUCAUCCUUAGUAGUUUUAUCUCCAACCGCUAAAAGAUAGAAUUAAGGAGUAAAAUUAUUGAGUUCUAACUUAUUAGACGCAGAAUUUAUAAUAUUAAUUACAUUAACAUUAAAUUAAUAUUAUAAUAAUAAUGUAGAAUCUGUAGUAAUGUAGAAUGUAAGCUGAUGGACACUUUUUUUAAUACAAAAUUACAAUACAAGUAUCUCGUAUUUCUUUAAUUGUAAAUUAUUGAGAUCAAAACCAUUCGUGUUUUUCAUAAUGUAUUGCCAUUGGGAUUCUUCUUGCCGUUUAUGAUAUCUUACUAAUAUAAUAUAAUUGUGACUGAACGUUGUUUGUAUAUAAAUUAUAUUAAAAAACAAUAUGUAAGGGAUUUUAAUAGGAGCAAUGGAAGCAAACAAUUUUUUUUUUUAAAUUUUGUAUAUUUGUUCCGAGAUUACAUAAAAAUUACUACUUCAAAUUAAA